CAAACUGAAAGGAAGUUGUUCCACUGUAAGCAGUCACAGAACUCCAAUACCAGCUUGUCUAGAGCCAGUUUCCUGUGUCUGCUUUACCACCUCUCUAGUACUAAAUAGCACUGCAAUAUUUUUAUUAAAAAUCUCCACUACCCAAAACAAUAAGUUGUCCAUAUCAUAAUAUUUUAGUUUCAUCUGUCAUAGUUAUAUUUAUUAACCAGAUGUUAUUCCAUGCUACAUUAAUGAUCUGUUCACAGAGAGCAGCAUCUCCAGUGUCCAGCUGUGUGUGGAGAGUAAAACCUCAGUGAUGGAGCUUCAUCACUCCAGCAGUGGAGGAAGAACCUCUGAUUCAAAAGUGAAGCGUGCAGGAUCUCCAGAACCCAAUUGUGUGUCUAUGAAGAGUGACACGUCCAUGGAGAACCCUCCUGAAUUCAGAAGAGGAGGAGAACCCAGCUGUGUGCCUAUGAGGAGUGACCAGUCCAUGGGGAAACCUAUUAAUUUUAGCGGUGGAGGAGGAGAACCCAGCUGUGUGUCUAUGAAGAGUGACCAGUCCAUGGGGAAACCUAUUAAUUUCAGCAGUGGAGGAGGAGAACCCAGCUGUGUGUCUAUAAGGACUGACCAGUCCAUGGGGAAACCUAUUAAUUUCAGCAGAGGAGGAGCAGAACCCAGCUGUGUGUCUAUGAAGAGUGACCAGUCCAUGAUGUUACCAGCACAGUCCAGUGGAGGGAGAGGAACCUCUGACUCAGGGCAGCACUCCACACAAACAACACUGCAGACAAACACUCUGGCAGAUAUUCACCAACCAGUGGAUGACGUCCUUCACAGAGUCUUAGAGAGACACAAAACCAGCAUGAAGAACAAGUGCGAGAGCUUAUUUGAGGGAAUCAGAACAAAAGAGAAUAAAACCCUCCUGAACAGGAUUUACACACAGCUCUACAUCAUAGAGGGAGAGAGUGAAGGAGAGAAUGAAGAACAUGAGGUUCUACGGAUGGAGAAAACAUCCAGGAGACGCUUACACGACUAUCCAAUCAACUGCUUAGACAUCUUUAAAUCUCUACAAGGUCCUGAAGGAGAAACACAAGAAGGGAACAUUAGAGCUGUGAAGGCUGACAGUCUCAGACACAAAGAAAGAAAAGAAGAUAACAGACCAAAAGAGCCAGAGCUCAGAAGUGUUCUGACUAAAGGCAUCGCUGGAAUUGGAAAAACUGUCUCUGUCCAGAAGUUCAUUCUGGACUGGGCUGAAGGAAAAGCCAAUCAGGAUGUAGAGCUCAUGUUUGUGCUUCCGUUCCGGGAGCUGAACCUGAUUAAAGAUGAUCAAUACAGUCUUCGUGGACUUCUGUGUGACUUCCAUCCUGAGCUCAAAGAUCUGGACCCAGAGAUUUAUGAUCAGCUCAAAGCUGUGUUUAUAUUUGAUGGCCUGGAUGAAAGUAGAAUUCCACUGAACUUUAAAAAGUGUAAGAAAGUAUCUGACAUCACCAUGACAUCAUCAGUGGGUGUGUUGAUGACAAACCUCAUCAAAGGAGAGCUGCUUCCCUCUGCUCUGAUCUGGAUAACCUCCCGACCAGCAGCAGCCAAUCAGAUCCCUCUUAAAUACAUCAAGCGUGUGAUGGAAAUUCAGGGAUUCAGUGACCCACAGAAGGAGGAGUACUUCAGGAAGAGGAUUAGUGAUGAAGACCAAGCCAAGAGAAUCAUCUCCCACAUUAAGACAGCGAGGAGCCUCCACAUCAUGUGCCACAUUCCAGUCUUCUGCUGGAUCUCAGCCACUGUUCUUCAGCAAAUCAUGAAACAGAAUCAUACAGAAAUCCCUAAAACUCUGACUGAAAUGUACUCACACUUCCUGAUCACUCAGACAAACAUGAAGAAUGAGAAGUAUGAGGAGAAAGAUGAGAGAGACCCAAAGAACCUGCUGGAGUCCAACAGAACCAUUCUUCUGAAACUGGCUGAACUGGCUUUCAAACAGCUGAUGAAGGGCAAUGUGAUGUUCUAUGAAGAGGACCUGAGAGAGAGCAGCAUUGAUGUCACUGAGGCCUCAGUGUAUUCUGGGAUUUUCACUGAGAUCUUCAGGGAGGAAUGUAUGCUUCACCAGAGGAAAGUCUACUGCUUUGUUCAUCUGAGCUUUCAGGAGUUCCUGGCUGCUGUUUAUGUGUUUCACUGCUAUGAGAGGAAAAACAUGAAGGAACUGCAGAUAUUUAACCCACGAAACAGAGAGAGGUUUGAGAAUAUUCUACCGUGGUUUUUUCUCCCACAGCACAGUGAGUGGUCUAAGAGUGUUCCAGUGGGGUCUUCUCACCCACAGCACAGUGAGUGGUCUAAGAGUGUUCCAGUGGGGUUUUCUCACCCACAGCACAGUGAGUGGUCUAAGAAUGUUCCACUGAGGUUUUCUAACCCACAGCACAGUGAGUGGUCUAAGAAUGUUCCACUGAGGUUUUCUAACCCAUGGUACAGUAAGUGGUCUGAGGAUGUUCCUCUAGAUGAGGUUCUGAUGGGAGCAGUGAAUAAAGCUGUAGAGAGUCAGAAUGGACACCUGGAUCUUUUCCUCCGUUUCCUGCUGGGCAUCUCACUGGACUCUAAUCAGAGACGCCUACAGGGUCUACUGACCCCAACACAGAGCAGCUCAGAGAGAACCAGAGAGCACAUCAAGAGAUUAAUCAAAGGAGAUUAUUAUUAUCCCAUCUCCACUGAGGGAUCCAUCAUCUCCACUGAGAGAUCCAUCAUCUCCACUGAGAGAUCCAUCAAUCUGUUCCUCUGUCUGUCUGAAAUGAAUGACCCGUCUCUCUCCAGAGAGAUUCAGGAGUAUCUAAACUCAGAGAGACACUCAGGGGUGAAACUCUCUCCUGGACAGUGUUCAGCACUAGCCUGCAUGCUUCUGACCUCAGAGGAGGUUCUGGAUGAGCUGGACUUGAAGAAAUACAACACAUCAGAGGAGGGUUAUAGGAGACUGAUCCCAGCUCUGACUGUCUGCAGAAAAGCUCGACUAGCUGGGUGUGGCCUCACCACAAAAUCCUGUGAGAAUCUAUCAUCAGUUCUACAAUCUGUAAACUCGUCCCUGAAAGAGCUAGACCUGAGUCACAAUAACCUUCAGGAUUCAGGUGUGGAGCUGCUCUCUGCUGGACUGAAGAGUUCAUAUUGUAAACUGGAGACACUCAGAUUGUGUGGCUGUAUGGUUACAGAUGAAGGCUGUUCUUCUCUGGCUUUAGCUCUGAUAUCAAACCCCUCCCAUCUGAGAGAACUGGAUCUGACUUACAAUCACCCAGGAGAGUCUGGAUUGAAGCUGCUGUCUGAUCUACUGGAGGAUCCACACUGUAAACUGGAGAAACUAUG